UAAUGGGCUGGGUCUGUUCCGCGCGUUCCCUCCUCCGCUCGGCUUCCUCACACAUUUAAGGCGCCCGCCGCGCAGUCUCGCCGUCUCGCUCCGCCAUGCGCGCCCAGUGGUUUCUGCCCCUGCCCCUGCUCGUCGUCGGCCUGCUUUUCUGCGGCCGCGCGGACCCUGCGCGCAUCAGCGUGAGCCGCCCUUCCCGGCUUGGCAGUUUUUCCUGGGAUAACUGUGACGAAGGGAAGGACCCGGCGGUGCUUAAAUCGCUGGCUGUGGAACCCGACCCCAUUGUCAUCCCUGGGAAUGUGACCAUCAGCGCAGAGGGCAGGACCAGCGUGUCCCUCAGCUCUCCUCUGAAGGUGGAAGUAACUCUGGAGCGUGAAGUGGCAGGGUUGUGGAUCAAGAUCCCAUGUGUAGAACAGAUCGGCAGCUGUGUCUAUGAAGACUUCUGUAAUGUGCUGGACAAUUUCGUUCCCCCUGGGGAGCCCUGCCCAGAGCCCCUGCAUACCUUAGGACUUCCCUGCCACUGUCCCUUCAAAGAAGGUACCUACUCCCUGCCCAGCAGUAAUUUCACCCUGCCUGACCUGGAGCUGCCCAGCUGGCUCAGCAGCGGGAACUACCGUGUCCAGGGCGUCGCAAGCAGCACCGAGAAGCGGCUGGCCUGUGUCAAGAUCUCUGCCUCUCUGAAGGGCAAAUAAGGCACCUGGAGCUUGCAGGGGCCCAAAUAUGGCCCUCAGCUCCUCUCCGCACGGCUGUCCACUGCCUCACUUGUGCCACUUACGUUUCUGUCUCCGGCCAGGGCCAGCAGCCCUGGUCCGGGGUGGGGGGAGGACGCAUGGGGCAGCUCUGCCGGGAUGGUCCUGUCCCUCCUCCCCCCGCCCAGGGACUUUCUCUCUUAACUUCUUUGGCUUCCAGAACUGCGAAGUGUUGGUGAUCACUGACUUCCCAGCUGAGUGCCAGUAUUAACACUGCUCCUCUCUGCAGACUCCUCCUGCGCUGAAGGGCUGCAGGAGGCUGAAAGGUAGUCUGUGCCUCCACUAAUUUCCGUGAUUAACUGCGUUCCUCUCUAGGUUUGCUUGCUCAGUGUGGCAGGGUGUGCUGGAGAGGCAGGUGUGUGUGGUGAAGCUCCCUGCAGGCGCUAAUUAUCCUAAGAAUGCUGGAGCUGUUUAAGAUCAUUUACAAACUCAGGCGCCUGCAGGGCCAAGAGAAAUUAGAACCAGUAGAAACAGCUUCCUUCCAGGUGUGACCUCCACUUUUACUUACUCAUAAAGAUAAUAGAUCCCUAGGAUCCCUAUUGCUGUAUCAGGCCAUGUGCAUUGAUGCGAGACAGCUGCAGUCCAGUCCUGUGGGCGCGGGGACGCGGGCAGCUGGGACCAUGGAGGAAUGUUACAGUUUCAGUGUGCCAGAGGCUCAUUUCCCUCCCUGGAGAGGCCAAAAUCCAGAUUUUUACAUGAAAUCUCACAAGUUUUAAACAUUGGCAGCUAUCUUUUUAUAUACUUUGCAGGCCGAAGGCUUGUCUGGGACCCCCAGCUCACGUGUGCCUUGUCCUUUCAGUUCCCAGGCAGCUCCCCCAAACCUGGCUCUGCAGGGGUGGAGCCGCAGUGUCUGGGCAGGAGGAAGCCAUUGCUCCCUCUGCAGAGACUUAGGGCCUAGUGGCUGAUGCUGGAGUGGUCCCCACCAGCGGCUGUGCAGGAGGGGGUGGGAGUGGGGCUGAAUCCACAGGACUGGCUGACUGUCCCGCCCCCUGCUAUGUGUGACAACCUUCCGAACCAGAGCCCCAUGUUCUGGAUGCAUUUGAAGCAAUAAACCUUUCUAAUGAGCUGAGAA